AAAUAACGUGAUAAUAUAUUGAGUAAUUUAACUGUGGGAGCCAUCAAACUAAAGGAACUUUUAGUCUCUAUUCUCGUGAAUACAUAAUGAGAGUCUCUAAAAAUAUUAAGAUUUCCACUAUGCUGUUUUUAAGUUAUGCUGUCAUGAUGUGUUUGGUAUCUGUGGAAGUGAAAGGAUUUAAUAUAAAACUAUUACACUCAACUAAUUUUUCAUCCCAAUGGAAAGUGGAAGAUACAAAUGGAAGUGAUCCGAUAACCAAACAGACAAGUCCAAAAAUUACUUUUUCUACAAUUACUUCAAUGAUUUCUUCAACACCAACCACUCACCAUACUACCCCAACGACUUCUCCAACUACAUCAACCACUCACCAUACUACCCCAACGACUUCUCCAACUAAACCAACCACUCACCAUACUACCCCAACGACUUCUCCAACUACAUCAACCACUCACCAUACUACCCCAACGACUUCUCCAACUAAACCAACCACUCACCAUACUACCCCAACGACUUCUCCAACUAAAUCAACCACUCACCAUACUACCCCAACGACUUCUCCAACUAAACCAACCACUCACCAUACUACCCCAACGACUUCUCCAACUAAAUCAACCACUCACCAUACUACCCCAACGACUUCUCCAACUAAACCAACCACUCACCAUACUACCCCAACGACUUCUCCAACUAAACCAACCACUCACCAUACUACCCCAACGACUUCUCCAAGUACUCCAACCACUCACCAGAGUACUCAAAAAACUUCAACUACUAAUAAUUCUACAAGUUUUCCUAUCACAACUCCUUCACCUCCUUCAUCAUUAUCUCCAGGUGCAAUAGCUGGUAUCGUUUGUGGUGUGGUGAUUGCUGUUUUAGCAAUAGUUGCAGGAGUUAUAUGGUAUAUCCGUAAAAGAAGAUUAGCCAGAAGUGAUGCUGAAAGAAGUCCUCUGGUGAAUUAAAACUGUGUAACGAUAAUAGGAUGUUUUCUUAGAAAAUUUUUUAGAAAUUUUCUAUAUUUCGAUGUUUCGAUAACAACAACAAAUUUUCUAUUGUUAUAUUAAAUUGUUAAACAUUAUACUGGAAUUCAAGAUUAAAGCCUUUUAAAUAUUUUAAAUUAUACUUCAUAAAACUAUACAAUAUUUCCAAAAAAGAAUAUAUAAAAUUAGAAUUAUUUUCAAUAAUGUUGAAAUUUCAAAGUUGAAUUUAAGAUCUAUUUAAAACUUCUAUAUGUUUAUUGUGAUAUUAUGAAUGAAUGCAAAAGUGAAUUCAAGAAUAUAAAUCUAUCAAAUUUUAUAUUUUUGCAUUAUUGCUUAAAAUUUUUAUGC